GUAACAUAUGAUACUACUUUUGGUGUCCCGGAUUUACAUUUACUAUAUUACGUCUAGUCUAUGACACCAGGCUGAGGCUGCUUCUAGGGCGCCAUGACAACUAAAGAACUCAUGUGCAUUUAAAUAGGCCUGAAAUAUGGAAAUACAUGGAACCUUGAAUCAUGAUUAUUUCAUCUUCUGAUUUAAUCAAGCCUAAAGAAGUUUAGGUGACAAGGUGAUGGGACAGAACCUCUGCUCGAAUAUCGACUAUAUUAUGACGCACCUUAGAACUUGUAAAUGUGCGCCAGAAGCGUACUCUGUCCUAGACCUAUCCAAAAGGCCCGAGGAUGCGCCUCAAGCUGCGGAACCUUCUACAGUUCAUGUGGAACAGGAGAUCCAACAGCGGGCAUCAAUGUGUGCCAUACAUCCGCGACAUCAGACAGCUGCAGAGCGAGGGCUUCUACCGAGUUUAUGUCGGUGAAACCGAGAUUCCAGAGGGUCUGAUCACCGGUGACAUCUCCACGGUAACGGACACCUCCAGCAGCAGACACACCUGGAGCGUCAUCCACGCGGGAGGUCAGAGAGGAUGGGUCCCCUGGAAUUACAAACUACUGUUCCACUGUAGCGGUGUCUCCUCACUGCAGCCUUCAGGGGAAAUAUUUGAAGAGUUGUGUGGCAGUUUGAGGGAGAACUACGGGAAAUGUGCGAUAGUGGUGAACAAUCAAAGCUGGAGGUCGCCAAGGAAAGGUAACGGCUGUAACUAUGUUUUCGCGGAGUACGUUCAUCACCUGCCCGAGGCCCCGGUGGAUCUCAUGCCUAUGACCUGCUGCCCGGCGGCGGCGCGCGCGUACGGGCACGAGCUUAUUCAAAUCCCGUUCCAGUGCGCGCACCUGAGCCCUCUGAACAGCGCGUGGUCCACGGUGAAGUGGUUUGCGACCAACGACAGGGGGAAGUAUUCGGAGGCCAUCUACGACCGAGACACUCUACAUAAAUACAUCUAUUGGAAUGAGCUGAUGGAGGGAGCUCUGAAGAAGAUGACCAACAGGAAAUGGGAGGAAGCCUUGUCUCGAGUUAGGAAGAAUGAGAAUCAUUACCUAAAUGACAAGCAGUGACAACGGGUUAAUUCAGACUAUAUAAAACAGACGCACAUGACAUUGGCUAAGGGACUUUUUUUUGGUAAAAGUAUAGUGUCCAUGCGCUGUAUGUGAGGGUAGUGCUAUGGUCUAUGCCAAGAGGUCUGAACAUUUAUGGCACAGGAUAGUGUGCUCACCC